AUGUCUUACAAUUUUGCUUCGUUUGAAAUCGAAUCAUCAUUAUUAAAGGAGAACCUUACGAAACUUGCAAAUGAUGAACGAGUAGAAUUCAAAAAUAAAUCAAAUAGGAUGCUGUCCUUGUUCAAUGUAAACGAAUAUGAAGACGUAAAAUCGUUUUGGUUAAUUGUUGAAGCAUUGCAGACUAAAAAAAUAAUCUGGAAAGGCAAUAUUUCAUUUACUAUCGGCACCAAGACAACAUAUAGACCCACUGAAGUCACUCUUAUUCAUGGAAAACAAGAAUGGCGUCAUAAUUCUGAAAUGGUAAUUGUGGAAGAAUACGUUAAAGAUAUAACACAUUUACGAUUUAACAAUGAAGUAUUAAUUUUAAGGUUCAAAUUCGAAAAGGCAGGGGUAGUGGAAGUUUUAGAUGAACUUUUUUUUCAGGAUGAAGAGGGUAGUAGGGGAUACGGACGUAUUGAACCUAAUUACUCUCCUGGGGAAAUGUUCAUUUUUAAACCCCAUAACGGGUUACCAAAUUUUAUAACUUCUUUAAAUAUUUCAUUUGAAGAAAAUAGUUUGUAUGCUUUAAAAUUCUGUACAUAA